GUAACCAUGAGAAUAAUCAUUGUUGCUGGUCUUAUCGCCUUGGCUCUUGCCCAUCCGAUGAAACGUCAAGCUCAAAACUCUUACGGAGAUGAGGCUGCUCCAGCUCCAGCUGCUGCUGCUCCUGAACAAUCUUUCGCAGCUGAGCCAUCAGCUCCAGCCGAGACUGCCCCAGAACCAGUAGCUCAAGAAGAAACCGCCCCAGAAGCCCCAGCCCAAGAUGCCGGAUACAGAUCAAAGAGACAAGCCCAAAAUUCUUACGGAGAUGAGGCUGCCGCUCCAGCUGUCGAAGAAUCUGCUCCAGCUGCCGAACAACCAGUAGAGCAAGCCGCCGAGCCAGUUGCCCAAGAAGAGGCUGCCCCAGAGGCCCCAGCUCAAGACGCCGGAUACAGAUCUAAAAGACAAGCACAAAACUCUUACGGAGAUGAAGCCGCUGCUGCUCCAGCUGUUGAAGAGUCUGCCCCCGCUGCCGAACAACCAGUUGAGCAAGCUGCUGAGCCAGUUGCCCAAGAAGAGGCUGCCCCAGAGGCCCCAGCUCAAGACGCCGGAUACAGAUCUAAAAGACAAGCCCAAAACUCUUACGGAGAUGAAGCCGCUGCUGCUCCAGCUGUUGAAGAGUCUGCCCCCGCUGCCGAACAACCAGUAGAGCAAGCCGCCGAGCCAGUUGCUCAAGAAGAGGCCGCCCCAGAGGCCCCAGCUCAAGACGCCGGAUACAGAUCUAAGAGACAAGCCCAAAACUCUUAUGGAGAUGAAGCCGCUGCUGCUCCAGCUGUUGAAGAGUCUGCCCCCGCUGCCGAACAACCAGUAGAGCAAGCCGCCGAGCCAGUUGCCCAAGAAGAGGCUGUCCCAGAGGCCCCAGCUCAAGACGCUGGAUACAGAUCUAAGAGACAAGCCCAAAACUCCUAUGGAGAUGAAGCCGCCGCUGCUCCAGCUGCUGAAGAGUCUGCCCCAGCUGCCGAACAACCAGUAGAGCAAGCUGCCGAGCCAGUUGCUCAGGAAGAGACAGCUCCAGAGGCCCCAGCUCAAGACGCUGGGUACAGAGCCUAAGAAGGAAACUGGACAACGGGUACAGUGCAAAGUUCUUCCCACAACACCACAUUCUCAGCGAUAUUUUUCUUGUUUCUAUAUUUUCCAUUUUACUUAAAUCUCACUGCCACAAGUUUUAGGCUUUUCUAUGAACAGAUUGUAAUAAAAAAUUAAUU